AUCAGAAGCCCGGCUUUCGUCAUCGUGCAUACUCUUAAGCCUUUACCACUCCUUAGUUAGCAGAUACUGACCCACAUUAUCAUAACUGCGUACACUUUCUGGCUUAUUAGACGGCGCGCAAACAACUGUACACUGCCCGUUGCUGUUAUACCAAGUAGCUCCCCGGUGUCUAUAGACCUACUUCCUUCUAUUCGCUGAUAAAAGGCUGCGCAUGCUUGCGGCUAUGCGAUACACGUAGGCAACAACAACUCGACGUGGCUAUGCCGUUGACAACCCCUUGGAGUGCCGUUGGCCUGAGUAGAGGUCUUUGUCGGCUGCGGCCUGUAUCUCCGCUGUUAAGCUGUCAAACGAGAGCCUCGUCCUUCUUGGGGAUAGCGCCAGCUACUUCACGACAACUCUACCGGCCAUCCCGGCCCGCUUUCCUUGGCGUCGCUAGCCAACUAAAGCCACAGCAAGGUCUGCAAGCAGCCAGCAAAGGCCUGCCCAAGUCGCCAGCCGCCUCCUCGCCGCUUCCCCUCCCACCGCUCCCCGUCCCAACAGCCUCCCUGGUACCCGCACCCACAGCUGCUGCAGCAGCGGGCAACCCUUCAGCCCCCGCUCCAACCUCCCCGCUUUCAGGAGCUCCUCUGUCGCCCUCUGCCCUCCCACUUGACAUGAUGUCAGGGCCCGGGGCAGCUGCUGCGGGGGUUGCCGCUCGGCAGCCCCUGCCUCAGCAGCAACAGCAGCAGCAGUCGGUAGUGGGAGCGGGAGCAGGAGGCGCGGGUCCCGCCUCCUCCUCCUCCCCCGCUCCCUCCCCCUCCAUCAUCCACCUCACGGUGGCCUCGGGGGCGGUGGUGGCGCCGGAGCUGGACUACACGGUUGUGUUGGACAUGCUGCACAAGCACGCGGGCGCCCACCCGGCCGCCUCGCAGCAUGGCGGGGUGGUGCUGGGGCUGAGCAGCCCCGUGGGGCCCACCGCCGCAAUCGACCUGUGCAUCGGGCAGCUCAACUUCACUCGCCUGCUGGCCUGCGCGCGCAACAAGCUGUGGUGGAUGACCCCCGAGUGGCGCACCGCCACCUGGGCGCUGCCGCCCGAGACGCAGUUCCUGCUGGCUGAGCUGGGGCCGGAGGGGCCCUAUGCGCUGCUGCUGCCGCUCAUUGACGGCGACUUCAGGGCCACUCUGCGGCCGCCUGCAAAACGCUCAGAGGGCGAGAAUGGCGAGCUUGUAUUGCGCCUGGAAUCCGGCUCGCCCGAUGUCACCGGUUCUCGCUGGGACUCGGUGCUCUACAUCGGCGCCUCAUGGGAUCCCUAUGAGCUCGUGGACCGCGGCGUGGCUGCUGCGGCCGCGUUGUCGGGCGGCGCCAGGCCGCGUACCGCCAAGGCCAUGCCUCCAUCCCUCGAUGGUUUCGGAUGGUGCACUUGGGAUGCCUUCUACAGCACCGUCUCCGCUCGCGGCCUGGCGGAGGGCCUCAGCAGCUUGGAGGAUGGCGGCGUGUGUCCCCAGCUGCUCAUCAUUGAUGACGGUUGGCAGAUGACCGAUGUUGACCCGCCCAUGCGCAAGACCCCCGCUGCCGAGCUGGCGGACAAGCUGCGCGUGGAGGGCGAGCCGCGCCGCCUGCUGGAGGCAACGCAGGACGAGUUCUUCUACGAGAGCCAGGAGGUGAUGGCCGACACCGCCGCGCAGCUGCCCCCCGGCACCUCCGCCGCCACCCUCAUGCCCACGCUAGCCAACCUGGGGCCGCAGCACCACACCCCCUCGCACAGCGGCAGCAGCGCCGACAUGAUUGACCUGCACAGCAGCGGCGAGGUUGCAGCGGCGGAUAACACGGAGGGUGCUGCUGCUGGGGGUGUCUCCUCGUCAGGAGCAGCUCAGCAGCAGCAGGGGCAGCAGCCGACAGGUGUGGUGGACUCGAGCGGUGUGGGAGUCAGCAUUGCUGAGGCGGUGGCACGGGCGGGCCGGACGGGAGGCGACCAGCCGGCGGCUGCAGCGCCGUCAUUGCCAGAGCGCCGCGCGGCGCCCAAGGCCGCUGCCAGCAACCCCAACGCUCCCAACGGCCCCACCAGCAGCAGCCUCAGCCUGACCCCUGUUACCGCCAACUCCUCCUCCUCCUCCUCGGCUGUGUGGCUGGCUCGUGCGAGUCAGAAGGUGGCGGGCUGGCUGAUGGGUCUGGCCACCGCCGGCUUCCUCAUCUUCUACCAGUGGGUGGUGGAGCCGGCGCCGCCAAACAGCCUGGCGGUGCGCGCGUUUGCGGCGGCGGCCAAGGGCAUCCUGCGUCCCGCCAUGCUCUCCUUCUACGCCAACGCCUCCGACUUCACGCGCCGCCUGACCAGCGUGCGAGCCAACGGCAAGUUCUCCUCACCCGACGCCGGCCCCGAGGCCGACUGGGUGGGGGUGCCGGAGGCGCUGGGGACCGUGGUGGCUCACAUCAAGAGGAAGUUCGGUGUCCGCUACAUCUACUGCUGGCACGGCCUGCCCGGCUACUGGGCGGGUGUGAUGCCCACCGACGGGGGCGAGCCGGGCGGCGGCGCGGGGGUGCUGGGCCUCACCUCCCACCUGCGCUACGCGGCGCCCACCGCGGGGGUGCUGGAGAUAGAGCCGUCCAUGGCCUGGAACCCCGCAGUGCUGGCAGGCAUCGGAGUGGUGACCGACCCGCACCGCCUCUACCACGCCAUGCACCGCUACCUGGCUGACUGCGGGGUGGACGGGGUCAAGGUGGACUGCCAGGCGGGGGUGGGGCUGAUCGGCAGUGCAAUGGGUGGCGGUGCCGCCCUGAGCGCCACCUACCAGGGCGCGCUGGAGGGCUCCGUGGCGGCGCACUUUCCGGGCAACCACGUCAUUAACUGCAUGUGCCACUCCACGGAGAACAUCUACAGGAUGUCCAACACCGCGGUGGCUCGCGCCUCCGACGACUUCUACCCGCGCGACCCCGCCUCCUCGCACCCGCACAUCGCCGCAUGCGCCUACAACUCGCUGUUCCUGGGGGCGCUGCUGCAGCCCGACUGGGACAUGUUCCACUCCAAACACCCGGCGGCGCGGCUGCAUGCGGUGGCACGUGCCGUGUCCGGCGGCCCCGUGUACGUCUCCGACAAGCCCGGCGACCACGACUUCAGCCUGCUUCACACGCUGGUGCUGGCGGACGGCAGCGUGCUGCGGGGGGGGCUGCCGGGGCGACCUAGCCGGGACUGCCUGUUCAAGGACGUGCUGAGGGACGGGAAGAGCCUGCUCAAGGUAUGGAACACCAACCCCGUCACCGGUGUGGUGGGGGUGCUGCACCUGCAGGGCAGCUCCUGGGACCGCACCCGCCGCAAGUUCCACGUGCACGACAAGGCGCCCAGGCCGCUGGCUACUUGGGUUCGGCCGUACGACGUCGACGCCUUCCGGCCGCCCUCCACCGCCGCCACUGCGGCCGCCGCCGCCGCCCUCGCCGCCUCCUUCGAGCCCGGCAGCUCCUCCUCCUCCUCCUCCUCCUCUCCUGCCGCCGCUGCUGCCGCCGCCGCCCGCAGCGCGCCGCCCGAGUUCGCGGUGUUCUGUCGCAACAGCGGGGCGGUGUCGCUGCUGCGGGGACACGAGGGAGUGCAGGUGUUCCUGCACAGCGGCGAGGCGGAUGUGGUCACCGUAGCCCGCCUCAUGCGCUCCGGAACCACCGCAUUCGCCUGCCUGGGCCUUGCAAACAUGAUCAACGGAGGUGGCGCGUUGAGGGCGGUACGACAAGAAACCAACAGCCCGGCGCUGCCGACCGUUGUUUCCGGCGGCGCUGCGAGUGCGGCCACGAGCAGUGGUUUCGGAGCGACUGAGGUGGUUUUCACGCUAACGGUUCGCGGUCACGGAGAUCUGCUGGCGUACUGCAGCCGCGAGCCGGAUGUCGUACGGCUGAACGGCGCGAGGCUGCAGCCGGAGGUGAGCUACAGCUUCCUGCCAGGGGCUGCCGUACAGAUGGCGGAGGGGGCGGAUGGUACGGCAGGAGGAGGCGAGGC